AUGUACGACCUCAAUAUUCCGAUAUCUUUCGGAGAAAAUGGCAACAAAAAGGGAAAAGGAAAGCAGGCUCCUUCUACUGAAAUUCGCUAUACUGCCGCCCAGAUGUCCGUUAUUGAAUCGAGAAUCGAUAUGCUCAUUCAUUUGGGAUACAACGUGAUCGCCUUCACCCAAACCGUCGCAAAAAAAGUCGACCCCAAGAUGCAUGUCAACAUAUUAGAUCCCCUUCUUAGGCAGCUAACAUCAAGGAAAGGCAUCGUAUAUCUGAAGAGGCUUUCUAUAAUACUCGACGGGGACAGUGAGAAAGGAUUUGGCCUAAUCAACGCCCAAACGACCCUGUUCAACACAUACGACCUCCUCAGUCUCAUUCCAACAAACCAAGCUACCCUAGCUCUCGCUUGCCUCACCCACAGCCUCCCCUCGCCCCUCACAGCUCACAUCAUCUCCCUUCCGCUCACCCUGCCCCGCCUACCCUUCCACCUCAAACACACUCUCAUCCGAACAGCUAUCAAGAAUGGCGCGGUCUUCGAGAUAACCUACGUUGGCGCUCUCGGAGGCGAAAACGAUUCCACACUUGUCGACGCGAGCGCAGCAGAGAAUGGAGCAUCAGCUAAACGCAACUGGUGGGGCGCAGCAAGGGAGCUGGCGCGCGUGUGCAAAGGCAAAGGCAUUAUCGUCAGUAGCGGUGCGAUUUCCAGGGCCGACUUGCGAGCACCAGGGGAUGUAGGCAAUCUGAUAACACUACUAGGCGUGCCGCAAGACGUAGCUCACAGUAGUAUGACCAAAUCGCCCAAAUCCCUGGUCUUGCGUGCCCGUGGGUCUCCCACCUCUUUUUGCCUUGCAUGCUUCCGUACUAACCGAAAACAUACAGAAACUCGGAAAACGCAUCGAGCAGUGCUAUCAGAGCCCAGACUCGUCAUUCCGGAAGGAUAUCAAGCUCCCGUUCAACCACUCGAAAUGACACCCUCGGUUCAGACGAACAAUCCCACCUCAAUGGCCAAUAAACGAGCACGGGACGAGCAAGAAGGAUCGAAGAAGAAGAAACGAAAAAAAUCGAAGCAGGAUGGCACUGCGUGA